AUGGCCGUCCGACCCGAGAGCAUCGAGGAAUGGUGCCACCUGGUACCACAUCUGCUCUUGGAAGAGGGUUGGCAGACCAUCCUGGAGAAUGGCUCAUCCUCCAUGUCGUGCUGCAGUAGCCCCUGGGGCGGCAGCCUCCUGCGCAUCGUCCUUCGGGACCUUCUGGUCGUGGACCCGCCCGAAGAUCCUGCCGAUCUUUUGGUUCGUCCAGAGACCAAGAUAUGGAGUUGGCAGGUCAGACCGGAACUCAGCGCCGAAUCUUGCACGGAGCUGUCGGAGCUGGCCCCUGGAGACUGCGUAAUGCAUUUGUGGGGGAGGUGGAAGAUGCUAAAGCUCUUGGACGUCGUCUUUGGUUGCCUCGACCACUUUAGCCAUCACGCAACAUUGCGGGAGAGGCUGCGGCGCAACUUCCCCGAGAGGGGUGAUUGUGCCAGUGUCAUCCAUGAUGUUCGACAAGUCCUGGACUGGAUUACCUUCACCCGUCGGCAGCCGGACCGAUUCUACACGAUGCAACUGCUGUGUGGGAUCCCCUCAGGCAUACAUCCGACCCAGUGGGUUGUUCCACACCUCCGGCUGACCUUGGACGUUGUGAGAUCCACGGCGGCCUGGUACCUGAACAUGCCCGGAUGUGUGAGUCAGCGACGCUUCGACCAGACAUUCUAUGUGGUGCUGACCAUGUCCAGUUUUAAGCGUGGUUGGCCGAUGAUCCCCACAGAUGACCCCGAGGACAAAGACGUCACAGUGAUCCAGGCCGGUCAGAGCCAGGGACUUGCCAAUUGGGUCCAGUACGUUCCUUUGCAACAUGGCCACAGCCACUUCUGUUUGUCGGACUACCUUCAACUUUUCUUGGAGAGGAUGGGUGAGACCAUGCCGGUCCAUCAGUCGCUGGAUGGUCAAGAUGUGUUGCCGUACCAAUGUGUCGUCGCACGAGAGCACUGGUGUCGAAUGCAUGAGCGGUUCCACCCAGCCUUUGCCUUGCAAAAGGCUGCGUACCGGCGUGCCAAGGGGGGGAAAACAGCACCCAAGAUCGUUGAAGACAUUGCGCCAAGGCUGUGGAUCGCGCGGUAUCCUGUGCAGUUUGGACAGGAGUGGCUUGUGAAGGGCUUCGGGGCCGCCUGGCGAACUGGGCGGACGCCUGCCGAGAGCCCCGGGCAAACGGCACCUAGCACUAACAACCGAGCGACGCUCGAGCAGGAUGCAUCGCCAAGCUACGGCCCCACCACCUCGAAGAGGUGCUGCUACCACUGCUACCGACAGUUCCUUGUGCCAUUCGACGACGUCUCGCCGGAAGACGGGUCAACUUCCUUUUGCUCGGAGACAUGUGCUGAACGCGCCCAUGAGGCUCAAAGACGGCGGGAAGAUGCCAAGCAGAAGAAGCUCGCAGAAAUGCAGCAGCAAACAUGA